AUGAAUGAGUUAUUACAAACCCAUAACAUAUAUUACAACUACUUGAUGGAUAUAGACGAGCAACAACAACAGCAACAGCAACAGCAACAGCAACAACAACAACAACAUAACAAUCAUGGUCACGACGAUGAUGUUAUGAAGGGUCAUGAGAAUCAUGAGGAGCUGCAUGCCUCUAUUCUCAUGGUUAUUGUCAUUCUCACAUUGGUGUCACAGAUUGCAUUGGUGUUGUGGAAGUCUAGAUCACCUCGCACCUUCUUGCGUGUGUCAAUGGGUGGUCUGUGGCUCUUCCCCUUGAUCUACUCUAUCUACAAUGGUUUCAUUCGAAUGAUCCUCGUCUGGUCGCUGUUCAGUGCCGUGAUUGUCUCACUGUACCGUCUGUCGACACGUCAACCACUGGGAAGGAACACGCCCAAGAUCGUCUACAUGUGGUUCUACUUCAUAUAUAUAAUGGCCUAUCUGGUCACCUUCAUUGGCUACCUAGGCAUGAUGGCAUCAAUGCUAGACCUCCCCUUGCCAAUUCUCAAAGACAGCUACGACGUAGCCAUCUUCUACGGGCUAUACUUUGGUCUCCUGGGUCGAGACUUUGCCGAACUCUGCUCCGAUCGAAUUGCAUCAAUACUUGGUAUUGGAGGAUCACGACUACCUGUUACCAAGGUAUCAAGUAACUAUUGUGCGAUAUGCACUGGUAACCUGGACAAUCAAUCACAUUACUCAAUGGUAUCUACUGCUUCACUGGCAGAUGAUGACAAACAAUUAUCAAGUAGUACCGGUGGCAGAUUGGAUAAGAUUAUGAAUAUCUUUUAUAGUAAGAGGAGUUGCAAGCUCUCAUGUGGUCAUGUUUAUCAUCUUUGGUGUAUCCGUGGAUGGGCACUGGUUGGAAAGAACAACAUGUGUCCAACAUGCAGUGAGAAAGUGGAUAUCAAGACAUUCUGUGACAAUCCAUGGGAAAAGAACUCACAACUAUGGGGAUUCCUUCUUGAUAUACUUCGAUAUGGUGUCGUUUGGAAUCCAAUAAUUAUCGUUGCCUCA